CAGUCUACAUCACGUGAUCUGUAGGUGUGGCUGCCUGCAGCAGUUAACUUAAUUUUGGCAGGGUCGAUUGAUUGCUGUAGUACAAUGAAGUUACUUUUAUUGAUUGCUAUAUUGUUCUCUGUUGGUUGUAGAGGAGCAGAAGCUGCUGAAGGAGCAGUAGAGGAAGCAGUCCCGGCCCAUUGUCACUCUGAAACUGUUAACAGCAAUGUAAGACUGGCCACUCUCAAGAUUGAGGAGGUUAAACUCCCUUUAAUCUUCUCCAGUUUCAUAAUCAUUGUCAUACUAGCUAAGAUAGGAUGGCAUUAUCCAUGGAUGCAUGUGAUAUCGUCCAAUAUACCAGAGUCAUGUAUGUUGAUUGUACUUGGAACUCACAUUGGUGGUAUACUAGUUGCUUCCUUCAGAUUGGAUGAGUGCACUCCAAAUGAUAAUCUUCCUUUCAGAUUCACUCCCCAGCUGUUCUUUGUGUUUCUAUUGCCGCCGAUAAUAUUUGCAUCAGGAUAUUUCCUUGACAACAGAGCAUUCUUUGAAAAUAUAAUCUCAAUUCUCAUGUAUGCGGUUAUUGGAACAGUUUGGAAUGCAUUUGCUCUUGGUAAUUAUUAUAAUAGAUUAUUAUUAAUAAUAUUGUUACUGUUAAUAGGGUUUACCUUAUAUGGUUUGUCUGUGGCUGGUCUGAUGGACUCUCAUCUGUCCAUUCCUUCUGCUCUUUUGUUUGGUACGAUAUGUGCUGCUGUAGACCCAGUCGCUGUACUAGCUGUCUUUGAUGAGAUACACGUUAACAAGUUAUUGCAUAUACUAGUUUUUGGAGAGUCACUUUUAAACGAUGCUGUUACUAUUGUGUUAUUCCAAGUUCUUGGAGCUUUUGCUAAUAUUGAAUUUGAUCAUGAGACUACUCAUAAUAUUGGAGUUGAUGUUGCUGUUGGGUUUGCUCAGUUUUUUGUUGUUGUUAUUGCCAGUAUAAUAAUCGGAUUCAUUUUUGGAAUAAUAACAUGCUUAUUGACAAGAUUGACCCAUCACGUUCAUGUUCUUGAGCCAGUGUUCCUGUUCGUUUUGGGUUAUUUGUCAUAUUUAUGCGCUGACCUUUUUGCCUUCUCUGGUAUAAUAAGUUUGAUUGUAUUUGCAAUAAUGGUCAAGCACUACGUCCCUCCAAACUUGUCAUUCAAGUCAAACAUCACUUUUAAGUAUUUCCUGAAAAUGAUAAAUGUGUUGGCGGAGAUGGUCAUAUUCCUUUAUCUUGGUAUCGCUCUUUAUGAUGAUCAUUUCCACAGUUGGGACACUGGUCUUGUCCUCUGGACCAUUGUACUGACAUUAAUAUUCAGACCUAUUGGUACGUUUGUCUUAACUCUGCUCCUUAAUAGGCUCCGCUUUCAUAAAAUCACACUCAAGGACACCUUUAUAAUGUCCUUCAGUGGCCUAAGAGGAGCUGUUGCCUUUUCUCUGGCGUUGACACGAUUGUUUGAAGAGGGUCAGUCUUCCCUUCCUGAGGGGGAGAGGACUCUGAGGAAGCGAAUGGUCACUGCAGUCACUGCCCUCCUCCUCUUUACUGUCUUUGUACAGGGCACCACCAUAAAGCCACUAGUGAGAAUGAUUAAAGUUAAGAUUGAGAAUGUCCAUCAAGUGUCACUGAACGAAGUCAUUCAUAAUGAUACAAUGGAGCACAUUAAUUCUGGUAUGCAGGAUAUUGCUGGUACCUUUGGAUUCAACAGAUUAGUGGAAAUCCUACAGUUUCUUGAUGUUAAAUAUUUCCGGAAACUAUUUGAGAGAUUUCCUGAGGCCAAAGAUCGAGAUAUAAUUAACAAAUUUAAGAAAUUGCAGUUUAAAGAAUCAACUCAAGAAGUGGAAUCUCAUCACUGCAAUACAGAAACUCAUGAAGAACACAGACUAUUGAAUGAUGAAGUUUGUGAAGCAGCUAAAAGUUGUGAAGAUGCUGUUCCUAUUCUUGAUGAGAUUUUGAAAGCAAAUCGAUUUAACCCUCAUGAAGAUCAUUACAAUCAUGUUAUAAUUCAUGAUGAAAAUGAUGAAAUUGAUCAUCAUCUUCAGAAAGUUAAACUUCGCAAGAGACUACAGGUGAGGAAGGGAAGGAGAUCUACUUUCCAGAGACGUCAUACGACUCCAUCAUUUCCUACGAUUCCCACUAGCAGUAGGACUGGUCUGGUAGCUUCUCCUCUUGAGGCCAUUGAGGAGACAGACAGUGGAAGGGACAGGCUAGUCAGCUUGUCUGCCGUUAUUGGUCAAACAGAUGAACCAAUGAUUGAUCCUCACUCUGUCCCUCAAGCUUCCUCUAAUGAUACUCCUUUGUAACUUUGUAACUAUACAUGAACCGUUUUUAUAACAUAAUGAUGAUUUAUCUUUCAUAGUUUUGGUCAUUCUGUCAUUGUAGUUUGUAUAUCAAUGGAUUACUUU